UGUCGUGCUUCCGGUCGAGCUAGACACUAAAGGGACAAUCCUUAUAAAACUAUAGAGAGAAAAAGCUGCGCCACUAAGGAACAUCAUAAUGAGCAUUCAAGAACAGGAACAGCUGCAGAAGAGAUACGAUCCACUAGAUACGACUCUGACGUUUGUUAACAGGGGGGAUGACUUGGACCCACUGGGUUCAGAUGAUGAAGACGACUGUCUCAGAGCUGAGAUGUCCUGCGGUCACGCUGUCACUCCUGAGUCUCUGACCCGAUGGUGUCGCAGCCAGCUGGAUCAGGGCAUUUACAAAUUCAAAUGCCCUGCAGUGGUAGAGGGGACCAAACUGUGCAAUGAACUGUGGUCAUACCGAGAAGUGCGCAGACUGGCUGAUUUGUCUGUUGAGGAAAUGCAGUACUUUGAGGAGACCAUGGCCCGCCUGGCUGCUGCAGAAUACUGUGAAUUCAAGCCGUGCCCAUGUUGCAAAACAACAGUGGAAAGGAAAGCUCUCUCCAACCUGUGUGUGACCUGCUCCAUCUGCACAGCGGAUCAGAAGAAGACCUACCAAUUCUGCUGGCAGUGUCAGAGGCAAUGGAAAGGUCCGGGCCCUCGUUCUGAUUGCUGCGACAAUGACGGCUGCAUCAAUAAGGACCUGCAACUUCUGCAGACAUGUAAGACCAUCAGUCUGCCAGAGGUGGAGGGGGUCACUGACUGCCCCUCUAUCCGAGCCUGUCCCACAUGCGGCAUGAAGGUGGAACAUAGCAGGCAAUACUGCAAAAAUAUAAACUGCCCUCGCUGCCAUCUGGAGUUCUGUUUCGUGUGCCUGAAACUGAAGCGUAUAUGUGGCCCCACCAGCUCACCAUACAAAAUCUGUCCUGGUGGAGUGGCUCCUAGACAGACCUCGAUCCCUGUAUGGCAGAGGAAAUGAAAAAAAAGAAGCU